CAAUCUCGCUGCCCAGCCCUGCAACGUCCAGCUCCGGAUACUUCACACUCGCCUUCUUCAGAGACAGAGAGACGUCAGUGCGGUCCGAGAGCUCUGCUUGUCUCUCAUCUUGGUCACUCGAGCCAUGGACCGUCAAGUGGUGCACAACUGGCUGCGCUCCGUGCUAGUCCCAUACGCGAAUCCCGAUCGGACCUUUGCAGAUGUAGUCUCCCUCCUCGAAGCCUUCCCAUCGCUCUCACCCAGGACAGAUCUCUACAUCUCCAAUGUGGGCCAAUCGCUACUGCUUCUUCAGCUCAAAGGCACCAUUCCGAUGCAAUUCCGCGGGCAGACGUACAAUGUGCCGAUUGAGGUGUGGGUGAAUAAGGCUUAUCCAAGGGAACCACCGAUUGGGUACGUGAGUCCGACCAAGGACAUGCUGGUUAGGAAGACAGACGAAGUGGACCUGGACGGUCUCAUCAACGGGACAUAUCAAAAGGAAUGGACGAGAAAGUGGGAGUCCAAGAGUCUCCUCGCCUUCAUACAUGCCUGUCAAGAUAUCUUUUCUCGCCAGCCUCCAGUCUACGCAAAACCACCGGCCACCCCAGCCUCUACAAUCCCAUCUCAAGCUGCCGCAUCGACUACGAGCCCGGCCUCUCCACGACAACCUCUGCCAAACCAGCGGGAAUAUGCUCCGAGUGCAAGUGGGAGCAGUCAUCAGAAGCCGCCUCCUCCUCUCCCAGGCCAGGCGCAGCCUUCAGCUCAUCCCGGCCCUUCCUCUGGGCCUCCUCAGAAGCCACCUAAGCCUGGUCAGAGUCAGUACAGCGAUGGGCCUAGUCGAUCCUCCUCUGGUUCUUGGGGGCCAGCUACAAAUAACGGAGCCUUUCAUCCUACUCAAUCUCCCAGCCAUGCUCAUUACCAGCAAGGACCUCUCCGGUCGGCCUCUAUAGAUGCUAGGCAGGAGCCCAAUGGCCAUUCCUCGUACGCCUCGCCUCAGCCAGACUCUUACGGAAAUAAUGUCAGCUUCCGAGCUCCUCAGGGCCCAGGGCCGAGCUCUGCUGGUCCGCCUCAACCCCGUCCAGCGAGCGGUCAAUGGGGUCAGGCGCAACAUGGUCCACCUCAAUCGCCCAUAGCUCAGCAGCAGACUUGGAACCAUCACGUCCAUCAUCCAGAGACGGCAUCCAGGCGGAUAAGUUCGCAGCAUCCUCCUGGGCAGUACGGCCAUCCUACCAAUCAGCACAGCUCCACUCCACCGCCCGCUCUACCACCCAACGGUCCUGCCCACCCCCAACAUCAGGUGAAUCCAGCUGCUUCUCCGCCUUCAAGAGGUCCGCCACUACCCUCCGGCCGUCCAAUUACUGCGCAGGAAGACUUCCUAGACUCGCUCUCUCACGACUCCCAGUCCAUCCGUGCAGAGGGGGCAGCCGCCCAGACGCCAAGCAGUGGUCCACCUCCUCCCCGUCCGCUCAACCCCGAGCUAGCCGCCUUGCACCAAGCCCUUCACGCUAAGCUCUCCUCGCGGGUAGACCAAUUACGCUCCACUCUUACCGCGUCCAAUACACACCUCUCCCUCCUCGUGAGGGAUCUAGACGCAGGCCCACCCGCCAUCGAGGAUGAGGAAGCCCGCCUUCGCGCCGUCCUCUCCGUCUGUCAAUCCCGUUCCCACUCUCUCGAAUCAGCACUCCAGCGACUGCAAGAGCGCACCCGCGAGCUUCAAGCGCGAGAGCAACCCCGCUCCGUCGAGGUAGUCUUGGCGGAUAGCAUCGUUGGUGAUCAGCUCGUGGGAUUAGUGGCGCAGGAUUUGGCUAUUACUGAUACACUCUACCACCUUUCGAGGGCAUUGGGAAAUGAGGAAAUUGAUUUGGAGAGGUACCUCAAGUGGGUGAGACAAUUUGGGAGGGAACAAUUUCUGAAGAGGGCAUUGGCUAUGAAGAUUAGUAGGGGCUUGGAGGCUAGCUGAGGGCAAAGAAAGGCGAGGGAGGCUGAGAGGGAGACAGAUGGGGGAGUACGUCAACCGGUAGGAUGUAGAAUACUGAGAGCAUUGACUCGAUUAGGAGGAGGAAGCAGGCCAGUCAGCCUAGACUAUCCCAUCUGCAUUCUCACACAUCCUUAAACAUGGCAAAUCAUUCAACCCACCACUGCGAGCGAGCAUGGAUCCUUGGUAUGUGGAUUCAUUCGGUUGGAGGCGAGAGUCUGUCCCAGUGGGUCGAGGAAAGAAUGUGUACAGGUUCGGGGUAUAUCAUUCGUGACGUUGUGUGACCAAGGUAAGGAGGGGGAAGUUUCAGAGGUGGGGGAGGCGGACAGGCCGACUUGUACCAGAGGAAGAAGAAUCUGUACGGACGGGCUCACGAGAGGCCCUAGUGAAGGCAAAUUCGAGGCAACGACUCGCACUGGCUACCCGCUACCACCACCAC